AUGUUUCAUGAAAAUGUGAAAUUAACCAUGCUUUCUAUUGCGGAUACACGUUUUGCUUCAAUGAUUGUGAUGCUAAGAAGAUUUAAGCAAAUAAAACGUGGUCUCCAAGACAUGGUGAUGAGUGAUUUUUGGACAUCUUAUAGGGAAGAUAAUGUUCAAAGGGCCUUAACUAUCAAGACAAAAAUAGUAAGUGAUGAUUGGUGGCGAGAUAUUGAUUACAUAAUUAACUUUACUGAGCCAAUCUAUGAUAUGCUUAGGAGGGCCGAUACGGAUGUUCCUUGUCUUCACUUGGUGUAUGAGAUGUGGGACUCCAUGAUAGCUAAAGUGAAGGCCGCUAUUUAUCAUCAUGAAAGAAAGCAAGAGCAUGAGGAGUCUCCAUUCUUUUUGGUGGUGCGCGAAAUAUUAAGUGCUAGAUGGAGUAAGAGCAACACAACCCUUCAUUGCUUAGCACAUUCCUUGAAUCCAAGGUUUUAUAGCACACAAUGGCUUCAAGAGGCUCCCAAUCGUGUUCCUCCACAUAGAGAUCAAGAGAUUUCAAGUUUAAGAGAAAAAUGCUUCCAAAGGUACUUUACUAAUGAUGUGGAGAGAAGGAAGGUUAAAGAAGAGUAUGCUUGUUUUUCGGCGGGUUUUAGAGAGUUUGGAUCGGUUGAUUCCUUGAAUGAUAGAGGACUUAUGGAGCCGGCAAUUUGGUGGGUUUCUUAUGGAGCUUCAACACCCCUCAUCCAAUCUUUGGCUUUGAAUGUACUUGGACAUCCUUGUUCCUCCGCAUGUUGUGAGAGGAAUUGGAGUACAUAUUCUUUUAUCCAAUCUUUGAAGAAGAACAAGAUAGCACCACAAAGAGCCGAAGAUUUGGUAUUUGUACAUUCCAAUCUUCGUCUUCUAUCAAGGAGAACUCCACAAUAUAAUGUGGGUGAAACUAAGAUGUGGGAUGUUGGGGGAGAUGCAUUUGAUUCCUUAGAAGGUAGUGGAAUACUUGAGAUUGCAAAUCUUUCACUUGAUGAACCGGACUUGGAGGCCAUGAUAUUUACCGAUGAGGGAGAUGGAAAUGACAAUGAAUUUCUAGAAGAUCCAACUCAAUGAAGAGGAUUAUAGAGUUCCUUUUCUUUUUUGGGCUCACUGUUCUCAAUUAAUCACUGUUCAGUUUUUUUUUGUUUUUUUUAUAAGUAAACUGUUCAGUUAUUAUUUGUACGAAUCUUAUGUGAUCAAUGGCCAAUGAUAAAAGAUGCAUAUAUUAUAGAUUUUUAGUUCUUGAACUUAUGACUUUUAGGUG